AUGGCCCCGCGGGGGCCCGGGCUCGGGCGGGCGGCGCUGGUCCUGGCCGCCCUGACCUGCUUCGCCGUCGGGGCCCGGGCCGAGGAGGAGGAGGAGGGGGGCGGCCCCGGCUCCCCCUUGGCCGGCCCGGCCAACGGCAGCGGCCCGGCCCGGCCCGCCGAGCCUGCCGGAGGGCCCCCCGGGGGAGGCGGCCCCCCCGGCGGGAGGGCCCGGCCGCGCUGGCCGCCCAUGUGCUCCGGCCAGACGGGGAUCAAGGCCACCUUCAAGUCCAUCAACACGGCCGUGGCCGGCCUGGUCUUCGUGCUGGGCCUCAUCGGCAACUCCACCCUGCUGCGGAUCAUCUACAAGAACAAGUGCAUGCGCAACGGGCCCAACAUCCUCAUCGCCAGCCUGGCCCUCGGGGACCUCGUCCACAUCCUCGUCGACAUCCCCGUCAACGUCUACAAGCUCCUUGCAGAGGACUGGCCCUUUGGGCUAGAAAUGUGCAAAUUGGUGCCCUUCAUUCAAAAGGCCUCCGUGGGAAUAACUGUACUAAGUUUAUGUGCUCUGAGCAUUGAUCGGUACAGAGCUGUUGCUUCCUGGAGUCGAAUUAAAGGAAUCGGAGUUCCGAAAUGGACUGCGGUGGAAAUUGUUUUGAUCUGGGUGGUUUCAAUUAUUCUGGCUAUCCCUGAAGCCAUUGGUUUUGAUAUGAUUGCUAUGGAUUACAAGGGAAAAUCUCUUCGAAUCUGUUUCCUUCAUCCUACCCAGAAAACACCUUUUAUGCAGUUUUACAAAGCAUCUAAAGACUGGUGGCUAUUUAGCUUCUAUUUCUGCUUGCCACUGGCUAUAACUGCAUUUUUCUAUACACUAAUGACCUGUGAGAUGUUGAGGAAGAAAAGUGGCAUGCAAAUUGCCUUAAAUGACCAUCUAAAGCAGAGACGUGAAGUGGCCAAAACCGUCUUCUGCCUGGUGCUUGUGUUUGCUCUGUGUUGGCUACCCCUUCACCUCAGCAGGAUUUUGAAACUCACUAUUUAUGACCAAAGUGAUCCCAAUAGAUGUGACCUUUUGAGCUUUUUACUGGUUUUGGACUACAUUGGUAUCAAUAUGGCUUCAUUGAAUUCCUGCAUUAACCCAAUUGCUCUAUACUUGGUGAGCAAAAGAUUCAAAAACUGCUUUAAGUUAUGUUUGUGUUGCUGGUGCCAAUCUUUUGAGGAAAAGCAAUCCUUGGAGGAGAAGCAGUCCUGCUUAAAGUUCAAAGCUAAUGAUCAUGGAUAUGACAAUUUCCGCUCCAGUAAUAAGUACAGCUCAUCAUGAAAAGAAGGGGUAGACAUUUACAUUUCAAUUCUUUCUUUUAGACAGAAUUGUUAUUCAAAUUAUGGGGCAUUUGAAAAGACCUGGCUUUGUGUUUGCACAGAAGAAAAAAAAUCAUAUGUGAUUGCUAUCAUAGCAUUCAUAAUUACACAUGGAAUCCUUGACUGCUUACCACACAUUGAAGGGAGAGAAAAAGAAAAAAGAGUAUGUCAUCAUUAAAGCACUUAAACUCUUUGACGUUAGCACUUCUCAAUUUUAAUAACUUCCUGUAAAUGAGUAUAUCAUUUCUGGCCCUCCUGAAUUUUACUCAGAACUCUCAAUUAGGAAGAUGUGGAGAUUUUAAAUUGAUUUGACUCCAACAUCAAAUGCAAAGGAACAGUCAGUCUUUGUAAAACAGAUUAACCGUUACUCGAUUAGGGAAUUUUUUAAAACGCCUAGAAAUAAUUUACUAGGAAUGUAACACUACUGACUAGAUGAUACUAGAUAAAGAAAAUUCAAGUGUACACAAGUAGUUUAGCAAAAUUUUGUUUUGUUUGAGACUAAAAGCACACAAAUUGUUAAGUGAAUGUCAGAAAACAAAAUCUAAAUAGUGGGCUGAAUGUGAAUACCCUGAAAAAUGUCAGAAUCCAAUGUAUUACGGGGAAAAGGGAGAAAGGUUUGGAGUUUUGUUUCAACAGAGCUUUUAGAGGCUUAGGUGUCUCUCAAUAGAACGCCCUCAUUCUUCUCGCCAAGAUUUCUACAACAAUCCUGUCACACUUCACAACUGAAAUUUAGGACAACGUUAGAUCAAUUUUGGCAUCUGUAAAUAUGUUGAUGAACAUAACUAAAUGUUGAUUUUUAAACUGAGGGCAGGUCCCAUUAUUAAUAUCUUUAAAUAGAGAGAGUCCCAUAACAAAUACGUGUCUUGCCUGGAGCAAUGUACAUGAUGGAUGAUCAAACCACCCCCCUCUUAUACUGUUGUCACUUCAUAGUUAUGAUACAAAAGCUGUUUGAAAUCAUGACUUUAGGAGCUUAAGAUGCUAAUUGACUAGCGGAUAUUUCCUCACUAUCUAAUGUCCCUCCAUGAGUUUUACAUUUUUUUUCCCCUCAAUGAUUUUGAAGUGAAAAAUACUUUUCACUAAAGGAGAUGUACCCUGCUUAGUACUUCCCUCUAUUUUCCCAUUUGCCUUUUAAAACCACAAAAUUCCCUCUCUUAUUCCUUCAUCAGUUAAGUGCCUUGGGUAUGUUUAGGAUUAAGCAUAUGAGUCCAAGAAAAAUUAAGAGGAAAGAAAGGUACGAUAUGGGGUGGGAUGGGAUGUAAAACCACAAGAACAGAGUCUCAUUCUUGGCCUGAGGGCAUGCCUGCCCUGGGUAUAUAACUGCAAAUGUUUUCUAUUUGAAAUCCAGAAUAACACUGCAGUUUAUUGAAGAGUUACCCUGGGAACAAAUCAGACAAGAGCUUUGACCUACUUCUAAAAUAUCACUGUGUAUACGAUUUUUUUGGGGGGGUGGGGUCCGCAGAGGGGAAUAAGCUACCAAUGUUGUUUCUUGCCAGCACUUAAACUUAUGAUAAAAUAGGCCAAAACAUCCAUUUGAAGACAUGAAAACUAAGUUAGUCUGUGGAAUACCUAUUUUACUUCCACAUUCACCAGGGAACAAACAUCAUUCAUCCAUUUUUAACAUCCCUUUUUUUCUUGUGAUCAUAAAAUACAAUUCAGGCAUUAAUGAUGGGUACAUUGUGAAUUCUAAAUUAGAUACUGGUCAGUGUUAUUUUCAUGAAGCAAUAUGAAAACGUUUUUAUUUCUAUUUAAAUUAUAGCUGUUGCAUUUAAUAAUCAUGUAACACUUUCGUUUUUCCUGCACUAUUUCCUUGCUAAGUCAGACAUCGGAAUGCAGUAUUAAUAUAAUGGGUUCCACUUUCAUCCCAAGCAAAGGUUUCAGAUAAAAAUGAACAGUGGGGGUUGUUUGACAAAUCUGAAAGCUGUAGACAAGAAACACGUGCAGGUCUUUAGCAAAUUCACAUUUUUUAUACUUUUUCCAAAAGUGAGUUUCCAGUAUUGUCCAAGCUAAUGAUAAGAGAUAUUUGUGUUUACCAUGUAGACUUGAGUAGAAAAGAAUAUUAUUUCUUGGUAAAGUUGAAAUGAGUGUAAUGUAUUACUUUGAUAAUACAUUUCCAAAUGGUGUUUAAAUUCAAAGUUAUUUGCCAAUUUCAAAAGUUGUAGAGCACAGCAGGGGUUGAAAAGGAGCACUGAAAAAGGAGCAGCUCGAAAAUAUAAACUAUGUUAGUACAAAUUCUCCUUCUGAUUUUUUUUUCGUGUUUUUUAUGAUAUUUGUUAAACGCUUACUAUGUGCCAAGCACUGUACGAAGUGCCAGGGUAGAUAUAAUCAGAUCGGACAACAGUCCCUGUCCCACAGAAGACUCGCGGGCAAAGUGGCAGGGAUAACUGAAUGUCUCCUAGAUUGUUUAUGGCUUAGUAAGGAAACACUGUAUCUAACUGAAAGUAUAUGAUCAUUUCUUCAUAAAAUUGUAUAUAACCAUGUAAAAUAAUUUUAUAUAUUUUGCUUUUUAAAGUUUCAGUUACUUUAGACUUUGAGUGAUUAUUGUGUAAACAAUAUGAACUAUCAAUAAAAUUAUUUUAAUUGCUCAUUUU